CUGUCGAUCUAGUAUCCUUCGCUCAUGCAAGAGGCUUCUGGUGACAACUGAUCAGACCGCAAGAGGUGAGUAUCUCGACGUCGUCGCAUGCGACAUAUAGUCCUAGUCAUGACGUAACGUGUGCGCCGAGCGCAACGUGAAGCUAACAGAAUGUACCUUCCGUGUAAUCUUGGUUUGGCACUGUUUGCCGUAUGCUAAGCACUUGUACAAAAUCCCAAGGGCCGUAUGAGAUUAGAGUCUAGGUUCCCCGUCACAGAAGUCGAACAUUGCGAAGUGUUAGUGAUCAUGAAUUACGACAGUCUUGUUGAGACCGUCGUUGACGGGGGCUACCUCCCCGAAUAUGUACUGCGAAUAGGGAUCCGCCGUCAGCUACAAGAACGUAUCAACAUCAACAAGUCUCGAUCCCUAGCUGAGAACUACGCCACUAAGAUGAAGUAUGUUGAGCUUCUUCGAUCACGUCCGAUCGCCAUCGAAACGGCUGCGGCAAACGAGCAACACUACGAAGUCGGCACUGGUAUUCUUCAAGCCAUGCUUGGACCGCGAAUGAAGUACAGCUCCUGUCUUUACCCGAAAGGGACAGAGACUCUGGCUCAAGCAGAGAUUGCCAUGCUGGAGAGUUACGUUGAGAAGGCUCAACUUAAAGAUGGAAUGAGUAUGUUUGACCUGGGGUGCGGAUGGGGCUCGCUCAGCUUAUACCUGGCAGAGGUAUUCCCCAACUCCAACAUCACAGCGCUGUCAAACUCGAAAACGCAGAAGCUCCACAUUGACGCUCAGGCGAAGAGUAAAGGGCUCAGGAACUUACAGGUGGUCACGGCCGACAUCGCAACCCACUCGUUCGCAGGAACAGAACAUGAAGGCGCUUUUGAUCGCGUACUUAGCAUCGAGCUGUUCGAGCACAUGAAGAACUACGAGCUCCUCCUCGCCAAAGUUGCCACCCUUCUGAAGCCGCAUGGAAAGCUCUUCGUGCACUUGUUCGCCCAUAAGGACUCACCGUACGACUUUGAGACAGGCUGGAUGACGACGCAUUUCUUCACCGGCGGUACCAUGCCAUCAGCAGAUCUGCUCCUCUACUUCCAGCGCGACCUGCAAGUAAAGCAGCAAUGGUGGGUGAGCGGGCAGCACUAUGCUAAGACUUGCAAUGACUGGCUGCGCACGAUGAAUGCGAAUCGUACGCAGCUGUGGCCGCAUUUGGAAGAGACGUAUGGUAAGGCGGAAGCGUCACGCUGGUUUUAUCGAUGGCAGGUCUUCUACAUGGCUUGUGCCGAGCUUUUUGCAUGGGACGGCGGAGAUACCUGGGGUGUUUGUCAUUACUUAUUUGAGAAGCGCGCAGAGUAAGGCACGUUCGCUAAAGGCGAGCACAAGACGAACAGUCAGCACUGCCUGUGUAUGGCACCGUCAGGAUCGGGAGAAGGCGAAGAGCCAGCAUUAGAUCCAUACGCCACCGCAAGGAUGAGAAUAUGGCGAAGCCACCGAUUACGCUAGCCACGGAGAAGGGUUUGUGUAACCUGACCUUUCACUUUCCCAAGAUCACUCAAGUUGCAGCUUAGGUGCCCUAAAGGUGAGCA